CGGGGCGGAGCGCGGCCGCGCCGGCGCGUCGAGGGGGGACAGGCAGCCGCCGCGAUGGACGUGUUCCUCAUGAUCAGGCGCCACAAGACCACCAUCUUCACGGACGCCAAGGAGUCGAGCACCGUGUUCGAGCUGAAGCGCAUCGUCGAGGGCAUCCUCAAGCGGCCGCCCGACGAGCAGCGGCUGUACAAGGAUGACCAACUUCUGGAUGAUGGCAAGACACUGGGAGAGUGCGGCUUCACCAGUCAGACGGCACGGCCACAGGCCCCAGCCACCGUGGGGCUGGCCUUCCGGGCAGAUGACGCUUUCGAGGCCCUGCGGAUCGAGCCCUUCUCCAGUCCGCCCGAGCUGCCCGAUGUGAUGAAGCCACAGGACUCAGGAAGCAGCGCCAAUGAACAAGCAGUGCAGUGAGAGGGCUCCUGGCCUGCCCCCGGUGCCCCCCCCCCCCAAUAAAAAGAGAUUUGGGCGUUUGC